UGUCAGAAAGAAAACAGAGCCGUACCCCGUCACAGCGGCUCUUUUCAAAUGCUCAGCAGGGCCAAAACAUUAAAAAAAAAAAAAAAAAAACUCAUCUUGAUUGUUUCCCUCAAUCUUGACGGCCACCGGGUAUACCGGAUACGGCGGAACCACCCACCAAUGCGGCACAUCGACAAGACCAGGACAAUAUUUUGAUCAGAGAAUUCUCUUUAUGCUUGCAAAUAAAAUCAACCACCUUCUUUACCUAUGUAAACAGAUUUCAAGUUCCCAGCCUUUUUCUCAUUUACGGCCCUUCCGUUAUCUCCCACCUCAACCUUCACUGAGUCAAAUCAAGCAAGCCCAUGCUUACAUCGUUGUCUCAGGUGUCUUUGGCUAUGUCGGCUUCAUGGGUCAUCUUCUUGCUUAUCUUUCUUUUUCCUCAUCGAUUCCCUUGGACUAUUGCUCUACAAUCUUCCACACAAUGAGCUUCCCUAGUAUCUUCACCUUCAAUAACAUGAUUCGAUGCCUUGCCAAAGGGAAUUCGCCUUAUGAUUCCAUUUCUUUAUACUCAUCAUUGCGACAGAGAUGCUUGAAACCUAAUAAGCACACUUUCACCUUUGUGUUACAAGCUUGUAGUAAGACUUUGGCUAUAAAUGAAGGGGUUCAAGUUCACGCCCAUGUGAUCAAACUUGGUUUUGGAGAAGAUUUGUUUAUUCGAAAUGCCUUGAUUCACCUUUACAGUGCUUGUUCUAGAGUUGAAUGUUCAAAAAGGGUAUUUGAAGAACAUGCCCUCUUCAGAGAUGUGGUCACUUGGAACUCAAUGUUGGCAGCUGUGAUGAGAGAUGGACAGAUAAAUGUUGCAGAGCAGAUGUUUGGAAAAAUGCUGGAGAAAGAUGUCAUCUCAUGGAGUACGAUGAUCAAGGGAUAUGUUCAAAAUGGACAGUUGGAACAUGGGCUGGAGUGCUUUAAAGAAAUGAGAGUGAGAGGCAUAAGACCUAAUGAGGCAAUAUUCGUUACAGUGAUUUCAGCUUCAGCUCAAUUGGGUUUGCUUGAGCAUGGUCAAUUCGUUCAUUCUACCAUUGAAUCCUUGAAUUUCCCUAUAUCAAUUCCCAUAGGAACAGCUCUAAUUGACAUGUAUGCAAAGUGUGGCUGCAUUGAAAAGUCAAUAUUAUUGUUCAAUGAUAUGCCCAAGAAGGAUAGCUGGACUUGGAAUGUCAUGAUUUGUGGUUUGGCUUCACAUGGUCAUGCAAAGAAAGUACUUGCACUCUUUCAGGACUUUAUAAGUGAAGGUUUCUGUCCCACCAACAUAACUUUCAUAGGGGUUCUAAAUGCUUGUAGCAGAGCAGGCUUAGUAUGUGAGGGUAGGGAAUACUUCAAGUUAAUGAUAGACAAAUAUCGCAUUCAACCAGAGAUGGAGCACUAUGGGUGCAUGGUUGAUCUUUUUGCUCGUGGUGGAUUAAUAGAUGAAGCCUUUCAAUUGAUUGAGACAAUGGUGACUCCUCCAGACCCUGUAUUAUGGGCAACACUUCUAGGUGCUUGUAAGAUUUAUGGAUUAGUGGAAACGGGAGAGAAGAUUGGAAACAAGUUGAUACAACUGGAACCAACACAUGAUGGGCAUUAUGUGCAGUUGGCUGGAAUAUAUGCGAAAGCCAGAAAAUGGGAAGAUGUCGUUAGAGUUCGCAGAUUAAUGAUUGAACGAAACACCAACAAAGUUGCAGGUUGGAGUCUGAUUGAGAACCAGGGUAGAGUUCAUCGAUUUGUUGCGGGAGACAGAGAACAUGAGCGUUCUUCUGACAUUUAUAAAAUGCUGCAAGCUAUAGGAAUGAGAAUAACUGAAGCUGGAUACUCACCAAAUGUUUCACCGGUAUUGCAUGAUAUUGAGGACGAAGACAAAGAAAAUGCAAUUAAAGUCCACAGUGAGAGAUUAGCAAUUGCUUUUGGUAUUUUGGUAACAGAAGUUGAUGAUUGCAUCAGAAUUGUUAAAAACCUAAGAAUUUGUGAGGACUGUCACGAGGUGAGCAAGAUUGUAUCCAAAGUGUUUCAGAGAGAGAUAGUGGUUAGGGAUGGCAGCAGAUUUCACCAUUUUAAAGAAGGCAAGUGUUCCUGUCUUGAUUAUUGGUAGAUCAUGAUUAUCUCAUAUCUUCUUGGACCAGAAGAUCUAAGAAUGUCUCUCUCUGCUGCUAGCUGUUGGGUUAUAAUUUAUUAAACCUUAAAUUAUAUAACUGAUAUAAAUUUUGUGAAGGAGUUAGGACUAGUUAAGUGUUAGCAGGAAUGCACUGUGAUUAGCACAUAAUGUUUAGAGAUGAGAGAGAGAAACAUGUGAUCUAGUUAGGCCAUAUUCUGCCUGCUAUCUUCAACCUCAGGCAAGUUGGUUGUACUGGCUAGUAGGUGCUGUCAAUAAAUUCAUAUUGGUCCUAAUUUACAAUCAACACGGGGGGUUUUAAGUGCUGGCAUUCAACAAUCAAAAAUCUUAUUUUAUGAUCUGCACAGGCGGGUUUCUGGGUAUGGGCCAUCAUUGUAAGGAUUUUCUGGAUGUGUAAUGCUGUGAUCUCUGGGUUGCUCGGUCAAAAAGAGAAAAAGAUCUCUGGGUUAGCUUGACCUGCUUGAACUCUGAGCAUGCUAUUUCUCUGUCACAAGUUGACAAGUGAGUUUGUCCAAUAAAGAUAACUUCAGCGAAUGGCCUUAUAGGCUGAUGACAUGUAAGCUCUCUUAUAAGUAGGAGGUCGCAGGUUCGAUCUCGCUUGUAACAUUAGGCGAUUAGUGUCUGCACUUCUCAUUUUUUCUUUUUUUAAAAAAGAUACCUUCAUAUGGAUUUUAACUGCUUGUAGUCAAACAGUUUUUGUAGUAAACCCUGGACUUCUUACAGUUAAUAAUGCAUGACAAUCACAUGAUACUGGAGGUGGUGCCUUUUGGUUCCAUGGUUGAUCUCUCGGCAUGUGCUUAUUAUCAUAGAUGGAGCUGACAAUGAUGAUUCAACAAGUCUCACCGCCUAGAGCAUAAAGCAUCAUAGAGCUGCAUAUUAGAUAUUGAAUAAAGCAUGGGGAAUCAUUUGAUGGCAAAAGGGCAGUGAAUAGCUGAAGCUGGUUAUGGCUUUGAAUCAAACCUCAAACUUUAUUACAAGUUAUAGGAUAUACCAAGACAGAGACUGCAAAUUGAUGUACGCUAUUAGAGACAAAGACAAUCAACCUCCAAAACGUACCGGUUCACGUUAAGCCCUCACAAUACUGAAUCAUCAAACCCUGAGGAUCGCUAAAACUUCAAUCCUGAAGCUCCGCACAAUGCCCAA